AUCAAGUGACUUUACCGCGAACAGAUUUUCCUACUUAACUCUAUACAAGCGGUUUACAUCGAUUAACACGGUAUCAUUUUCACGUAAUAAUUCCCACAUCAUCACGAUACAUUCGCAUAUCAACAAAAAUAAUCACGUCGAAAACGCAUAAUAAUUUCAAGUGGAAUGAGUCGCAUACUAAUUUUAUGCAUGUGAUCACACAUUUAUUUUGCAGUAUGCUGUCAUAAUAGUAAAAUAACAGCGUCAUUGUUCUUUAAUCUGACAGUACUUUGUUAACACUCGAACACUGCUAGAAGAGAUGGAACCACAAAAAAACAAGGUGCCCAAAAGAGUAAUUCACUGUUCAGAUGGAACAGUAGAAGAAUUUUCUUCAGAAGAUGAAAGAGAUUCCCCAAAAUCACAGGAUGGAUUGCCAGUUGUCAAUCCUAAAACACUGAGCUGGUUUCCUUGGAUGUGGUAUCAAACUACGUGGGUCGGUAGCAAGACACUGAGUGCUUGCGAUUACGUAGGAGAAUCUUUAGCAAGUUUCUUUGGUAUAACUGAUUCAAAAUACCAGUUUGAAAUUAGAGAAUAUGAUAGAAUGAAAGCCAGAGAGGCUGAGCUGCAAAAAAAAGAAGACUUAGAGAUGGGGGGCUGGAGAGAAGAAAACCGCAAUAAUCUUGUCGACCAAAAUACCUCACCUGAACAGUUGAAUACUUCAGAAACCAGCUGGGUAAUAUUCAUUUAUAUACUCGAGACUGCAAGCAUACCACAAACAAAUCUGCCGAAAGAUUGUCGAGAGUGACAUUAUCUGGGUCAGUUAAUAGUCGAUAAAGUGUGGACCCA